ACCUAUUCAGUUCAGGCGCUCGCGGCACGUCCGAGCGGCGCGAUCUAUAUAAAGACACGCUCUCGAAAUUUUCGCCUCAUUCGCGUUCGGUUGCUAAUCGAGUGAGGUCGUUCGUUCUCUGCAUUUGUUUUGCUUUGCAUUUGUUAGAAAUGGCUCGUACCAAGCAAACGGCCCGUAAAUCUACCGGUGGUAAGGCACCCAGGAAACAGCUAGCCACUAAGGCGGCUCGCAAGAGCGCCCCCGCCACCGGCGGUGUCAAGAAACCCCAUCGUUACAGGCCGGGAACUGUAGCACUCCGUGAGAUCCGUCGUUACCAGAAGAGUACUGAGCUCCUGAUCCGCAAGCUGCCCUUCCAGCGUCUCGUGCGUGAGAUCGCACAAGAUUUCAAGACCGAUCUUCGUUUCCAGAGUUCGGCCGUUAUGGCUCUUCAGGAGGCCAGCGAGGCGUACCUGGUAGGCCUCUUCGAAGACACCAAUCUGUGCGCGAUCCACGCCAAACGCGUCACCAUCAUGCCAAAGGACAUUCAGCUGGCGCGCAGGAUCAGGGGCGAGCGCGCUUAGGCACCCAAAUAAUAUAAUACACAAAUUCAUCGUGAAUGUAUGUUGUGCGUGCGGUGUGGUGUUUACAUGGUGUUUGUUCGUGGUCUGCCGUCUGUCUUGCCGGCAGUCGGUGACCAGCGUAAGACACUAAAUAAUAAUAUUCCACCGUAUCGUUCAUCCAUACAACGGACGAACAAAAAGGCCCUUUUCAGGGCCGCACAUGAUUCUGAUAAUAUAAUUGUUUCUCUGUACACACUUUGCGAGUCUCUUCAACCGUUCACAUAACUGGUUAUAUAGGUACAUAUCCAUAGAUAGUAGCGUACAUAAUUUUCAAUUGCCUGACAUAGAUACAUACAUAUGUAAUUUUUUUCUUCUUAAAUUAGACGGCGCGUUUGUAUUUUGCACGCUGUCACUACAUAGGCCUACCAUACUACCAUUAAAAGUCAUGAUUUGAUUAGCAUAGAACAAAAUUAAAACUUGUACUCGAGCUGGAUACAUAGAAAAACAUCUGAAAAAGUCAAAAUUUAUAAAAUUGAUUCUAAAUAAAUUUAAAAGACGUCGUUUACAUUCGACGAGGAGUAGACACCGGAUAGAU